AUGCCGCUAGCUAGCAGAAAGGGUGCCGACCUGAGUGAGGAGCCGUCACGGGACACAGGAUGGCGGCGUGUUGAAACGUUGGAGGAAGAGCCGUGCACGGACGGGGGCCCUGCUGCGCCCCCCCGGUCCCACUUCCCCCACACCUUCUGGGUCAGCAUGUCGGCCGCUCUGCUCCUGGUGGUCGCCGCGCUGUGGUUCACGGGUCACCUGGGACCGUCUGGGCAGGCUCUACAGGUCGUCCGGAUCACGGCUCCGGAUCAGUCCGGAGUUCUGAUCAACCAGUCGGCCGUUGUGGACCCACACGACCUGGUGACCUUUUCUGUGACCUCGCCUGCCAACCAUACCACCGUGCUCUUUGACGUCAACACGGGUGUGAUAUGCUACAGCCCGUGGAGCAGACAGCUGCUUCCUGCGGAGGUGGAGCCGUCCGACUACGACAACGCGCGCUCCCUCCUCGGCGAGGCCGCGCUCAAGAGUCCGAUCCGGCUGUCCGGCAAUGAGACCCGCAGGCAGACGGAGUUCCUGGGGGUGCUGGCGGCCGGCCGGGUGGACGCGUCCGCGCUGGGGGGGCCGCUCCGGGCUCUGUGUCGGGACAGCGCCGUCCACUGGACGAGGAGGGUCGAAGGUGCAGGGAGACAGAGGCUGGUCUACUUCUGCAUCGACAUCUGCUUUCCCAGCGACAUCUGCGUGUCCGUGUGCUUCUACUACCUGCCGGAGUGACGCGGCUCCUCUUCCUCGCUCCUCUUCCUCCCAGCCCAAGCUCCCUCCGCGAGAGAGAACAAAAAACAAAAGCCGCCUUUGACGGUUUCCUUCGUGCCGAACCAGUGGAGCGGCCGCCCCCCCCCCCCGUCAGAGCGAUGGAGACAGGCUGUCGCCGUUAUCGCCAGAGCCCCGUCGUCACUCCUCAUGUGUAAUAACCUCAGAACAAAGAUCCCCCUUUAACCAAUUGUAUUUCCUGUAACUCACUGCAGCUGUAUGAUCACAUGUAACCGUUUCCAGUCGCAUCGUACGAUUUAUUUUUACACGAAAUAAACAACUUGUGUAUUUGA